AUGCAGUCUGAAUCGGGAAUAGUUCCCGACUUCGAGGCUGGAGAGGAGUUUCAAGAGGAACCUAAAACGUAUUACGAAUUGAAGAGUCAACCCUUGAAAAACAGCCCGUCGGACCAGCACGGCUCCUCCAAGCCCCCGCUGAGCUCCUCGGCCAUGACAUCACGCAUCCUGCUGCGGCAGCAACUGAUGCGGGAGCAGCUUCAGGAGCAGGAGCGGCGGGAGCAGCGGCAACAAGAGGCCUCCCAUUACCCACAAACCACGGCGGCCCAGACCCCUGCCAUCAAUGUCAGUUUAUCUGCUAGUUUACCGCCUGCUGCCCAGGUGCCAAUGGAGGUGCUCAAGGUCCAGACUCACCUGGAGAACCCAACCAAGUACCACAUCCAGCACUCCCAGCAGCAGCAGGUGAAGCGCUACCUGGGAAAGCUUGGCUCUCAGGUGUUGAGCUUGCCCUGCCACAACCAGUCCUCUGACCACGGGGGCAUGCCGCCAGGGCCGGGUAACAGCGCCCCCAACAGCCCUAUGGCCUUACUAACCCUGAACUCGAACUGCGAGAAAGAGAUGGAUGAUGUCAUUGAUGACAUUAUCAGUCUGGAGUCCAGUUACAGUGAUGACAUCCUCGGCCUGAUGGACCCAGGACUUCAGAUGGUUAACACGAUCCCCGUGAAUGCUAACCUCAUGGACAUGUAUGGUAAUCAGGGUGUUUCCCAGCAAGAUCUGGCCAUCAGCAACUCCUGCCCUGCCAACCUGCCAAACAUCAAAAGGGAAUACUCUGUUUCACAAUCCCCGGCCAUCAUGCAUAUGCUGGAUAAAUCUGGAUCAUGUGGCAAAUUUGACAAUUAUCAAAGGCCUGAAGGGUUCCCUGUGGAAGUAAGAGCGAUGGCAAAGGAAAGGCAGAAGAAGGAUAACCAUAAUCUAAUUGAAAGAAGACGACGGUUUAACAUCAAUGAUCGAAUCAAGGAAUUGGGAACUUUAAUUCCUAAAUCCAAUGACCCGGACAUGCGCUGGAACAAAGGCACAAUCCUAAAGGCAUCAGUGGACUACAUAAGGAGACUACAGCGGGAACAGCUGAGGGCCAAGGAGCUGGAGACUCGGCAGAAGAAGCUCGAGCAUGCCAAUCGACAUCUGUUGUUGAGGAUACAGGAGUUAGAGAUGCAGGCGCGGGCUCACGGUCUGGUCAUCACGUCUUCAGCACUCUGCGCUGCCGAACUUGCUGCCCGGUCUAUUAAGCAGGAGACCGCUCUGGAGGACUGUCGCCAGGACCUGUACACGCGCCACCCCAAUCACCAACACCACCCGGCCUGCACUCCAGAACCGGCCAGCACGCUGGAGCUAAACGAAGGCCACUCCAACUACCCAGAGGGUCACUACAGCGUUCACGGCAAGCUGGGCUCCAAACUCAACGACAUCCUCAUGGAAGACACCUUGACACCAGUGAGAGGGGGGGACCCUUUGCUCUCGUCCGUCUCCCCAGACACCUCAAAGGACAGCAGUCGUAAGAGCAGUGUAAGCAUGGAUGAGAAUGAUCAGGUCUGUUAGCACCUCCCACUAGAAGACACCUCGCCUGCAUCUCCAACCUGCUGCAAGUAUUGCUGUCAGCAACAACACUCCGAGCUGCUGAAGAAGCUUUCUCCUGUUUGUGUCAUUUCUCUCUCCCCCUACCGUGUUUACAUGUAUCGAAUCUUUUCUAUUAAUGUUUUAUGUUAGUUUUUUUGUGAUAUAUUUGUCUUUUCAAGCCCUCAACCUUGAUUUUCAAGGACUGAUUAUAAAGUUUGUUUGCUUUAAUCAAUACUUUGAUGACAAUGAGUUACA